UUAAAAUUUUUAUGAGAGAGUAUGGCAGUUGUUGAUUUGAAAGUUAAUAGAACUAUGCUAGAUGUUAAAUUUGAAGGCUAUAAGUUGUCACUGGAUCCAAUACCGGUCUUAAAACAGCAAGUAUUUGAUGAUUAAUCUAUUCCACAUGGCUUGCAUAAUGCUGAUGACGUAGCUAACUUGGAAACUAAACUCAAAAUUUUGAGAACUGAAACCCCAGUUUUCUGUGGAAAGAUAGAAGUAUAUGGCUAUGUGAUACUUCCAGCGUAAAAUAUGUUGACCUUGGUAGUGAAGAUUACGGUUAUCUCCAUUCUCGCAUGGUUUAUAUGUCGAACCAUUUAUUCCAAGAUCCAUGGAGUCCAAAUAGUGUAUUUUAUGUGAAUGAAAAACAUUAUUUAAUGUGGAAUUCAAUGGGGCAGGAUGGUCGCUUGGCUGGUCCAAAAAGUGUAUGGGAAAUUCCAGUAGACCCAUACAUGCUAGGAAAUGUAACUAUCUGCUUUCCUGGGGCUGAAUGGGCUGUUCUUUGUGAUGGAAAGGAACAUCUACAUGUAUUAUACACACCUAGUCGUGUUGCAGGUGAACCUUGGCUGUGUUACCAUUCAUUGAAUCUGGGAAAAAACAAUUCAUGCUACAUUCUACAUGCAAUUCAUCGUAGUAUGCCAGGAAGUCAGCAGAUUGAUUGUAUUGUAUCAAGUGUGGACGAUAAAUCUUAUUUACCUGAAGAUUUUACCUUUCCUCAAAAAAGUACUUUUAUAGCUGUCUUAGAAUGGAUUUCACUAAGCUGUGCUCAGAAUAUUCAAGUUUGGACUAAGAAACGCACAAGGAAAUUAGCUUCACCUUCUUUUCCUGAGUAUGCUGCCAUUGAUAAUGUUGGAGAUGCUAUUUGUGUUAUUUCUCAAGGUCACUUUGUGAUGUUCUAUGACUCUAAUGGAUUAUCAAAACCUGAAAAAGUUCAAGAACAAGAUCCUAAACCCCCUUUGUAUACUUACAUUCAAACUCCUAAAGAUAUUACUGUGUAUUUUCGUCUUCCACAACAUAUAAAAAAGGCAGAUAUUCAAAUCAAGUUUUUACCACUUCAAAUAGAAGUUUCACUUCAAGGAAAAUGUGUUCUUUCUGGUCGGCUUGGAAACUACAUUAACACUGGAGAAAGUUCAUGGAUUAUGGAUGGAGAAAAGUUGGAAGUAAUUUUAUCAAAAUCUGAAACUGGGUUAAUGUGGCAGGAACUUGUUAAAGGUAAUAUUCAGGGGGAAGAGCUCAUGGAUCCUGCCCUUAUAAAUGAAAUUCAUUCUCGUCUUGCCCACCUAACAUCUGAAACAGAGGUAAUAUUUUAUACAUAUACAUCUGGAAAUGUGAAAUGCCAUAAGAUUGUGAAAAUUUAUAGUAUGUUUUAUAAUACAGUAAAAGCUUAACUAUCUAAAAAGCUU